AUGGCUCGUGACCCCAUUUCAGAUAAUCUAGAAAAACUUUCCUUGGAUUCCAAUGGCUUGUCGGAAAAGAAAAGUCCUCUGGUGGUAUGCUUCGGGGAAUUGCUGAUUGACUUCGUUCCAACAGUUAGUGGAGUUUCACUAGCUGAGGCCCCUGCAUUCAAAAAGGCUCCAGGUGGUGCUCCUGCUAAUGUGGCUGUCUGUAUAGCCCGGUUAGGAGGUUCUUCGGCUUUUGUUGGGAAGGUAGGAGAUGAUGAGUUUGGACAUAUGUUGGCUAAUGUCUUAAAUGAAAACAAAGUGGAUGUUUCUGCUAUGCGGUUUGAUCCCUCUGCUAGAACUGCUCUUGCAUUUGUUACACUUCGAGCUGAUGGUGAGCGGGAGUUCAUGUUUUAUCGCCAUCCCAGCGCUGAUAUCUUACUUCAAGAGUCAGAACUCGAUAUUGGCACAAUUAAAAAGUCAACAAUAUUCCAUUAUGGUUCAAUCAGCUUGAUUGAAGAACCAUGUAGAUCAACACAACUUGCUGCAAUGGCCAUUGCGAAAAAGGCUGGUAGCUUGCUCUCUUAUGAUCCAAAUUUGAGAUUGGCCUUGUGGCCCUCAGCUGAUGCUGCUCGGAAAGGUAUAAUGAGCAUAUGGGACCAAGCUGAUAUAAUAAAGAUCAGUGAGGAAGAAAUUACUUUUCUGACCGGAGGAGAUGAUCCUUAUGAUGAUGAUGUGGUGUUGAAGAAGCUUUUCCAUCCGAACUUGAGCCUUCUUCUCGUAUCUGAAGGUUCUGAUGGCUGUAGAUACUAUACAAAGCAAUUUAAAGGAAGAGUUUCUGGUCUACAAGUCAAAUCUAUUGACACAACCGGUGCUGGUGAUGCCUUUGUUGGUGGACUACUGAACAAAAUGGCCUCUCAGCCAGAUCUUUAUCGGGAUGAGAAAGGGUUGAGAGAGGCCCUCUAUUUUGCAAAUGCUUGUGGUGCCCUAACUGUGACCAAGAAUGGUGCAAUCCCUGCUCUCCCAACAAUGGAGGAAAUCAAACAACUGUUAUCAGAAGUCACAGCUUGA